UCUAUUUUAAGCAUGAUGCCAGACUUGGCAUUCCUGGCUGAGUUUCAUUGUGUCUGUUCUCUCCAGGAACUGGUUCAGACAGUCAGUUUGGGAGGCAACUAUCUUCUGAACAUUGGACCAACCAAAGAUGGAUUGAUUGUUCCCAUCUUCCAAGAAAGACUUCUUGCUCUUGGGAAAUGGCUGAGCAUCAACGGAGAGGCUAUCUAUGCCUCCAAACCAUGGCGGGUGCAAUGGGAAAAGAACACAACAUCUGUAUGGUAUACCUCAAAGGGAUCAGCUGUUUAUGCCAUUUUUCUGCAUUGGCCAGAAAAUGGAGUCUUAAACCUUGAAUCUCCCAUAACUACCUCAACUACGAAGAUAUUGAUGCUGGGAAUUCAAGGAGAUCUGAAGUGGUCCACAGAUCCAGAUAAAGGUCUCCUCAUCUCUCUGCCCCAGUUGCCACCCUCUGCUGUUCCUGCAGAGUUUGCUUGGACUAUAAAGCUGACAGGAGUGAAGUAAUCAUUUGAGUGCAAGAAGAAAGAGGCACUGCCUGCUGUUUUGCUGCUUCAGUUUUCCUCUUAUAAUACCAUCACUAUAAUCAACGAACUUCUCUUCUCCACCCAGAGAUGGCUUCUCCAACACAUUUUAAUCAAAGGAACUGAGUACAUUACCCUGAUGUCUUAAUGGACCAAAGAUCUGAGAUCCAUUGCGAUUAUAUCUGUAUCAGGUCAGCAGAAGAAGGGAUUGAGCAGUUAAACUCUGAGUUCAUCAAUUCUAAUAUUUGAAAUUAUCUACAGUGGAAUCUUCCCUCUGUUCUCCGAUAACCUACUUGCUUACUCAAUGCCUUUCAGCCAAGUCACCCUGUUGCCUAUGGGAGGAAGUGGAAAGGAUUUGGCAAGCUCAGCCACAUGCUAUUUAGUUAGCAUCAGUUGUCACCAACACUAUGCAAAGGGCAGGAGAGCCUUGGGGGAAAGGAAAAGGCUUACCAAGCUGCUAUGGUCAACUCUUCAGAAAUUUCCAGAGCAAUCUAAGAGCACUAAACAAAAUUCGCUAUGUUUACAGUGAUACUAUUAAGAAAAUGAAUGUGAUUCUGCUCUGUCUUUUUAAAUAUGAUCAAAUAAAAAAAAAGUGUGCAUCACAUCAUUUCUACCAAAAAAA